UUUGUGAAUAGCAGAAGCGUAGCGUGUAGGAUUCGUGUGGCUGGUUCGCUCAUGUUUCAGUGGGCCACACGGGGAAGGUAAAUAAAGACAGGACGGUCACCAGCGCAACAUUUACCCGUCAGGUACAGACAACCAGGGGACCGUGAACCUCAGACGUCUUUUUAGGGCCUGCUUCGAUCCGUCGUGUUUUGUCUUUGUCUAAACUGCAUUACUCACGGGAUAAAAGGAGAAAGAGAGGAGAAGAGAGGUGACAACAUCGCCUGUGCAGAGGGGUGACAUACACGAAGGAAGCAGGCUGUUUUGGAAUUAUUGCAUAAGGACAGCAAGAUAUCUCAAGGUGUUAGUUUGAUCAGCCUUACGGUGUGUUGCCAUGGCGAUGCGGGAGUUAGUGGAGGCGGAAUGUGGGGGAGCCAAUCCCCUUAUGAAACUGACUGGUCACAUGACCCAAGAAGGAGGGGCCUGGAGACAUCGGUCAACACCCACUAUUCCUCCUACUUCAAUUGAAAUAGCCACGGAAGAGGAGCUGGUGAGUGAGUUUCUACAGGCCCCACAAAGACCUCCUCACACUUUUGAUAUGGGUCAACUGCUGGAGGAAAUGCAGCAGAUAGAUCAACAGAGCUACAGACAGGCUCCACAGAGAGCUCCUGACGUGGCUGCUCUGGCUCUGUCUGGCGAUUGGGCGGCAGAGUUCCUGUCUAGUGCUGACUCCGCCUCUUCUUCUGGACAAGCUGGUCUGGAUCCAGCUGAUGCUGACUGGACCAGAGAAUUCAUCAAUGAAGUUGCAGACCCUGGCCGCUGGGCAGAGGAGUACCUGGAGCAAUCAGAGGAGAAGUUAUGGCUUGGAGAUUUGGGAGAAAGGGAACAGGACAAAGAAUGGACACAAGAAUACCAGUCAGGUGAAGAACUACGUCAAACAGCGAAUGAACUCCUUGCCAAAGUGGACGACCCUAAACUACAGAACACAGAGUUCCUGCGGUUCAUUAGGCAGAUUGGCGAGGGCAGUGUGACUGUGGAGGACAGAGCAGGAAAAGAGCACACUGAUAAAGCACAGGCCAAGGAGGCACAGCACUGGGCCUCAAGCCUCCACCAGGUUUCGGCAGAAUCUGCAGAAUCUUGGGUAGAUGAAUUCACCACUUAUGGGCCAGACUUCCAGCAGGCCAAAGCAGCGGUGGAGAGUGAUGUUGAUUUCUGGGAGAAACUCCAGCAGGAGUGGGAGGAAAUGGCAAAGAGGGAUGCUGAAGCUCACCCUUGGCUCUCAGACUUUGACCAGAUGCUCAGCAGCUCUUACGACAAGGGAUAUCAGUUUGAAGAAGACAACCCGUACCUGUCCCACGAGGAUCCGUUUGCUGAGGGCGUGAAGAGGAUGGAGGCGGGGGACAUUCCUGGAGCUGUACGUCUCUUUGAGAGCGCGGUUCAGAGACAGCCAGACAACCAGCUGGCUUGGCAAUAUCUGGGCACCUGCCAGGCAGAGAACGAGCAAGAGUUUGCUGCUAUCAGCGCCCUCCGCAGAUGUAUUGAGCUGAAAAAAGAUAAUCUGACAGCCCUCAUGGCUCUAGCUGUGAGCUUCACCAAUGAGUCACUGCACAGACAGGCCUGCGAGACGCUCCGUGAUUGGUUGAGGCACAACCCUAAAUACCGGCAGAUCCUGGAGCAGCAUGAACGAGAGAAGGAGAGGGAGGGUGUGAGAGAGAGGGAGAAAGAGAGGGAGAGAUUUGGAUCUCUUCUGCCAGAGGCACUGUUUGGUGAUGUGCAGACGUUGUUUUUGAGUGCAGCGGCCGCUGACCCCACACGGGUUGACCCUGAGCUGCAGUGUGGUCUGGGCGUUCUCUUCAACCUGAGUGGAGAGUAUGACAAGGCUGUGGACUGCUUCUCUGCCGCCCUGUCUGUGACGCCACAGGAUUAUCUGCUGUGGAACAAGCUGGGAGCAACUCUUGCGAAUGGUAAUCGUUCAGAGGAAGCGGUCGCUGCUUACAGACGCGCGCUGGAGUUACAGCCUGGAUUUGUACGCAGCCGAUACAACCUGGGCAUCAGCUGUGUCAACCUGGGUGCACACAGGGAGGCCGUAGAGCACUUCCUAGAGGCCCUUUCUCUGCAGCGACAGGCCGCAGGGGAUGGAGAGGGAGGUGCGAGUCGAGGGCCAGGUUCAGCAGUGACUGUGAUGUCAGAUAACAUCUGGUCCACCUUACGCAUGGCAUUGAGCAUGAUGGGAGAAAGCUCGCUUUACUCAGCCGCCGACCGGCGAGAUCUGGACACGCUGCUGGCGCACUUCUCCCAUAGAGAAGGAGAGACAGAAUGAAGGAUGGAGGAGUUGAAGGAGCGCAGGAAGAUCGAAUGUGAGUGUGGAGAAGCUUGUUUUGGGGAGAAAACAUCAAGACCGAAGGUGUACAUUUCAACAAAGGGGCAUGACGUUUAGAGGUGCUACAAUGUGAGGAGAAAAAAAGUGUGAAACACCCAGCUCCAGCACUGCAUUAAUGGACAGACAUAUGCCUGAGAAAAAAGGACAUGUGGAAAAGCCCAUGGUACGGUUUAAAAACACAACAGUAUUUAUAUGGUUUUUGUAAGUUUACGCUUACAGAGAAUCUGUUGUAAUUCUUCCAUUUUGUUAAUCUUGAAGAUUACCGUUCUAUCCUUCUCAAAAUUACAGUAAUAUUUGUCAUAUGGGGAAAAUAAGGUCCUUGCACUGUGAGCUCAAAAGUACUUGCCUCUGUUUGACACAGAGAAGAGGGAUGUGGAGAUAUAAUUGUGUUGUACGUCACUACAGCUCCUGUACAAAGUAUCAGUGAUUUGCAAGCCUUAAAGUUAUACUGGCAACUACAUUCAUAAGCAAGGGAAGGGUUGUGAGACUGAAAGACAUGUCUGUAAGCACUCUUUCUUAUCGGAUAUUUGCUCUUGCUGUAAAAUUAUUUGCUUAAUUGUAAAUUCUACUUGCCAUAUUGUGUAUUGUACCAUAAUUAUUAAUGUUUUGCAUAUAGCCGAUUCAAAUUGCUAUGACUUCCAGCAAUAAAGCUUUGACAAAAAUGCUUAGUAA